AUGUCCACCCUAUUCCCAUCAUUAUUUCCAAGACUAACCGAGUCUUUGUGGUUCAAUUUGGAUCGACCCUGCGUGGAUGAAGCCGAAUUACAUCAGCAAGAGCAGCAGCAUCAAACAUGGUUGCAGAGCAUUGCUGAAAAAGACAACAAUCUGAUGCCCAUUGGGAAGCCAAUAUUUGAUACAGGUUAUGAGGAUGAAGAAGAGGAGGACGAUGAAGACGAGGAGGACAGUGAAGAGGAUUCAGAAGAUGAAGAGGACAUGCAAGACAUGGAUGAAAUGAAUGACUACAAUGAAUCACCUGAUGAUGGAGAGAUAAAUGAGGUGGAUAUGGAAGGACCAGAUCAAGAUCAAGACCAAUGGAUGAUUUGA